AUGAAAAAAAGUAAACUUAUAAUAUUAAAAAACAAUGAUCCACUAAAAAAAAAAAGAAAUUUUUGUUUUUUUCUUUCAUUGAGAAAAUAUAAUCCGAAAAUAAUAAAUAAAGAAAAUGAUGAUAAUAGCAUUAAAAGAGAAUAUGACAUAUUCAAAUAUUUUGAUGGUAACAAAAAUAUUAUAAAAACAACUAGUUAUAUAUUAAAAGAGCAUUUAAACGAUUUUAUAUUUAUAAAACAACAGGGUAAUUUCUAUAACUAUUUCUAUAAUUCAUACCCAUUUAUUAUAAAUAGAUAUGUUAAUUAUAUAAAAGAGAAUUAUGUAAUAGAAAAAAAUGAAAAUAAUGAAAAAAAAAAAAGAAAUAAUAAAGUGGAAAACAAUAAUAUAGAAAAUACUAAUUAUUUGUUUUUGUUUCAUUAUUAUAAUAAAAAUACAAAAGAUGGAAUGGAAAGAAAAGAGUUUUUAAAUUUUGUUAACAAAAGUAUAAAUUUCCACAAUAAUACUACAAAAUUUUUGAAAUGUUUAAAAGAAAAUAUAUAUAUGAAUAGAAAAAUUAACAAAAAUGAAGAUAUAAAAUUGAAUUUAGUUUUUGAAAAUAUAAUUGAUAAAAUCAAUGAAACAAAUGAUAUAAAUAAAAAAAUAGAAAUUUUGCUAUACUUAGCAAAUAUAUGCAAUGAAAAUUCAUCUCCUAUUAUAUAUUCAAAUAUUAAAAAAUAUAUACAGGAAAUCUAUGAUAGUCUAAUAAAAAAAACGAAAAAAGGUGUCGUAGAACAUUAUUUAAUUUUUCUAUUAUAUAAAGAAUUUCUAUCCUCUAAAAAUGAAAAAUAUAUAAAUAUGGAUAUAAAAAAUUAUUUAUCAGAAGAAAUUUCUUUUUAUAAUUAUUUAAAAAAUGAAAAUAUAAAUAUUUUUUUAUUAAGUUUAAUAUAUCGUGAUUUAUCUUUUUUAAAUAACUAUGAAUUGAAAUAUGUUUUAAUGAAUUUAGUACUUUCAAAAAUUAAAAAUUGCGAUUUCCUUACUAAUUUAGAUACACAUAAUAAUAAUGUACUCUUUAGAAAUAAAAAUAAUAAUUUAAAUAAUUCACUUUUAACAUUUUUCUCUAGUUCGUUAUUAAGAAAUAAUUUUUUUUCUUUUUUAAAGGAUUAUGAUUACAUAGACUACUCUGGUGUUAUAAAUUAUUCAAAAGAUUUGAAUAUAAAUGAUUUAAAUAAUUACAUAUGCCAUAACUUAUUAACUGCUCUCAUUCAAUUUAAGCACUCACAGAGUAAAUAUUAUGAUAUGAUCAAGUUAUAUAAGAAAAAAUACUUUCUAGAUAAUGAAAAAAAUGCAAUAUUAUUUAAUUAUAUUUUCAAAUUAAAAGAAAAUACUGAUUAUAUGAAUGAAUUUAUUAUGAAUAAUAUUAUGUUUUUUACAAAGUAUUUCAUUAAAAAUAAAAGUUCCUUUUCUAAUAAUUUAUACUUUAAUAUACUAAAAGUUUAUUGUGAUUUCCUGAGUACUAUUAAGGAUUCAGAAAAUUAUGAUCUAAAAAAGAAGAAUAGCUUAAUUAAUGACUCAAAAAAAAUUAUAAAUUAUUGUAUAAAUGAAAUAUAUUAUAAUAUUAACUCAUAUACACUUAAAGAGUUUUCUUCCUUUAUUUAUUUAAUUAAAAAAUUACCAGCAAAUUUCAGUUUUGAAUUAAAAAGUGAGGCAAAUUAUAGUAAUAAAAUAAAAAACAUAUUUUAUAAAGAUAAAAAAAAGGAAAGUUUACUUAUUUCAAAUAUUUUGCAUUUUAAUAUUGAUGGAAUAAAUAAAACAACUAUCAAAGAUACUAAUGAAAAAAACAUUUUACAUGAACAUAUCAAAUUAAGUAAUAAUAACUCAAACGAAGUAUAUAAUAAUACAGUAAAUAAUUCUGAAGACAAAUUAAAUAAAAGUAUGCUUGAAAGAAAAGGAGAAGAUAUUGAAAUAAUUGAAAAAAUAUCUUCUAAUAUUUCUAAAGAAAAUAAUAAACAGAAAAAGGAAGAAUCAGAAAGUAGCAAGCAUGAUAGCUAUCUAUAUACUUUAGGUAAGGAUAAUUUAAAAACUAAGAAGAAUGUAACUAUAAUAAAUAAAAAAGAUUUUGUUAUUUUAGUCUCUUUGUCUAUUUUUGAUGAAAUGAAUGAAGAUUUUGUGUUGAAAAUAAAGGAAAAAGAAUUACAUUUAAUGAAAGAAAAAGACAAAUAUAAUAUAUAUGAAUAUAUUUAUGAAAAUCAUUAUAAUCAUUUUUUGAAUAAUUCUUCAUCAUAUAUAGAACAUAUAAAUGAAAAAUUUGAUGAAAUAACAAAAGAAAAAAUUAUAAAUUAUUUUGUUUUAUUUACACAUAUAAGUAAAUUAGAUAUAUACGAAUUGUGUUUAUUAAUUAAUACCAUGAAUGAAAUAAAUAAAUUUCAGAAGUUUGUUGAUUUUUUUAUCUCUAAACAUAUAGAAAAUAUAUUAUACCAAGAAUUUAAAGAUGAUCAUAUUAACAAUAAAGAAAUAAAAUUUAAUUAUGAGUUUAGUGAAAAUUAUUUAGAUAAUUAUAUAUCAAAGAUAAAUGAAAAAAAAGAAAAAUUAGAAAAUUUUCAAAAUGCAAUUGAAAAUAAAAAUAGUAAUACUAAUGCAAAAACUCAAAAACAUUUUGAUGAAAUUAAUUUAAGUAUACAUACACCAUAUUCCUCUAAUUUUGAAAAAUAUUAUUAUGAAUAUGAUAUUCUUACAAGCACAAUAAAUUUAUUUUUAACAUUAGAUGAAAACAGUAUAACAAAACAUACUAUUGCUAAAUAUUUAAAGGAUAUCGAUUAUAAUAAAGUAAAUAUUUUAAAAGUUGAUUUUGAUAAUUUUUUUUUAAAAAACAAUCAUAAACAAAAAGUGAGAAAAGACGAUAAAACUUAUUUAUUUAAUGAAAACUUAGAAGAGAGAAUGAAAAGUGAAAAUUUCAAUGAUUCAUUUUAUCUUGAUUAUAAACUUCUAUUUAUUAAUUCGGAUAGUAGUAAUAUAACGAGAAACGGUGUUAAUGAUAAAAAUAAUAGUACUUAUAUAGAAGAGGAGAAAAUUUUAGGUACUACAUUAAAUAAUGUUAUAAUUUAUAACAUAUUAGAAAAUAGAUUAAAAUAUGAUACUAAUUUAAAGAAUCAUUUUUUACAUAAACAAAAUUACGAAAAAGAACAAAUAAAACAUUUUUAUGAAAAAGAAAUGUUAACUUUAAAUAAUAUAUUAAGUUUAAUGAAUUACGUUAAUCAAAUUAAUAAUGAUAUGAAAUACAUGAAUUUACUAACUUUAAUCUUAAAAAAUAUAAUUCUUUGUAAAGAUGAAAUAGUAGAAAUAAAAACAUAUAGAGAAUUAACUACUUUUUUGUUGAAUAUAAAAAAUUUUUAUCAAAAAAUGUAUAUACAAUCUCAAUACUCUUAUUUAAAUAUGCUGCUAAUGUAUUAUGUAAAAAGUAUUCAAACAUUCAUACCUUUUUUUUAUUUUUCUGAUUACUUAAAAAUUAUGCAAGUAUAUAUAAAAUAUGAUAUAGCAGGGAAUUAUUUAAAAUAUUUAGUUAUUUUAAAUAAUGAAUUUAAUAAAAUGAACAUUAAAAAUAUAAAUUUCUACUAUGUUCACAUAAUAUUGUAUUUAUAUUUAAAAUUAAAUUACAUAAAUGAAAAAUUUUUAUCUAAUUUAUUGCAUUAUUAUAUUAAUUCAUUAUAUCAAAGAAUAAAUAGUCUUGAUAUAACAAUUAUUGAAAAUUUAAUUAAAACAAAUGAGUUAUUAAUUUCUUUAUGCAUUAAAAAUAAAGAUAUAAUUAAUUUUAAUUACAUGCUAAUACAAAAAUUUGGAAACUUUUCAAACGAAUUCAAGUUAGAUGAUCUAGAUAAGUCAGAAGAUAAAGAUAUUAAUUCACUUAAUAAAAAUAACUCCAAUGUAAAAUUUUCAGCAAAUACUAUUUUUAAUAAACAGUUUAUAAGUAACAGUGAUUCAUGUAAUACUGAAUUUAAUGAAAAUAUAGUAGAAAACUUAUCUAACAAUGAAUACAAUACUAAUUUAUUAAUAAAAAAAAAUAAUGAUAACACGAUAAAAAAUAAUAUAGGUAUAUUACAUAAUCAAACAAAUUGCGAAAAAAUUGAUGACGAAAACUUUAUAAAAUAUAAAAAAAAUUACAAUGAUAAACAUAAUAUAUCUAACUAUGUAAACAAAAAUAUAAGCAAAAACAUUGAAAACAGCAUAGUUGCACAGAACUUUAAAUUAUCAUUUAUUCAAAAGUUAAAUAUAAUAUAUUUUCUAUUUAAAUUUAGUUUUUAUAAUGAUUUAAUAAAAUUAUAUUAUUUACAGUUAAUAAAUGAAUGUAUGAACAAUAAAAACACUAAUAUAAGCGAUGAAGAUUAUUGUAGAUUAUAUGAAAUAUAUGUGCAUGUUAUCCUAAAUUUUUAUUUUAUUUCUUUUAAUAAAAAUAAUAAAUAUAUAAAUUUUAUUUUAAGUAAUUUACCUUGCUAUUAUUGGUAUAAAAGAGAAGAAGAAAAAUUAAAUUUAUUUGUUUCAUCCAAACACUAUAAUGAUAUUAAUAACAUUCUGAAAUUAUUAAAUUUAAAUUUUCUUACUCCAACCUUAACUGAAAUUUAUUUUAUACACUUUUUUAACGAUAUAAAUAAGACAAACUAUUCUCUUCAAAUACCUCAAAAAUUUUUAUGCAUUUAUCAAAAAUAUAAUUUAGUCAUUGAUGAUAUAAAAAAUAAAAAUAUCGCAAUUUUAUGUAUUCCUGAAGAACAUGAAUUACGAUAUAGCAAUAAUGAUAAAAAAGUUUUGGUAAAUGAGAGUAAUUAUAUUUUUGAAAAUAUCAAAAAGACAUAUGCAACAUCUUUGUUAUUCUUAAGUGAAUGGAAAAAUAUGAAUAUAGAAGAAAAAUGUGAUUAUAUCAUGCGUAUUUUGCAUUCAGCAGUAAAUAAUUAA